CACACCCCACCAUGUUGGUUGGUACCCCCCACCUGCUGACACUGGAUGAAGCUGAUGCCACCUGGACCCUCAUCAAGGAUAAAGUCAUCGAGGAGCGCUUUGGGCCCAAUGUAGUGGCAGUACCUUUCCUGUCGGAUGCAGCCUGCUAUGACCUACUGGGUGUGCUAGUGAAGCAGUCCCGCCCAGCCCACACCCGCCUGGCUUUACCGGGUCGGCAGGGUAGGCGGGCACUACAACCAGUGGGGCCACUACCAAACCUCCUGGAGCAGGCAGGGUCCGAGGGUGCCUUUGCCCACUGCACUCGGGAAUACUCACCAAAUGGCCGAGCAGAGAUAGCCUAUGAAGAAAUGCGACUUUUGGAAGGGCACCCCUGCCGGAUCCGCCUGCACAUGGGUGGACUGCGCAAGAAGGUGGCCUUCCUGCUGCUGCCACCAGGGCAGGUGAGCCUACAGCAAAAUCUUCCCUGGCUCCGAAGCACCCACAGCAUCUAUGUCAUCUACCAGGUCUUCUCCUGUUCCUGGCUGCAGCUGGGGCUGUUACCUACAGCCCGUGAGCCCCAGCUGCUCCGGUUACAACGGUCACUGCCUGUUGCCUUCUCCUGCCUCAAGUUUUCACUGCAGCCCAAAGGAGUGCUGGGACCACAGAAGCCUCUGACCAAAGAUCCACUGCCCCAUGGUGCCAACUGGGUCAGACCCAACCUCGGCAUCAUGCCACCUCUGGCCCUCACAUCAGUCGCUGCCAAUACCCCUGAAGCUGCUGAUGUGCCCCCACCUGUCCCAGGCCCACCUACACCACCUCCUCAGGAAGGGCCGGAGGGCAGACCCACCAGAUUCUCCUACAAGGGCCGAAACCCCUUCCGCAGGGGGCCCCAGAUGUUGUCAGAGAACUGGCUCUUCAGCCCCCGCAGCCCCCCACCAGGAGUCCAGGGUGGGGGCCCCGGGGACCCCGACCGGCACUCCAUGUCCCUGCCCCUGCUGCAGGGUCUGUCCUCAGAGUUCGACAGCGACGAAUGA